AUGGACUCAAUGAGAUCGUUGAACACAUCACUUCCCAGCUCUACGUCACAUGCUCAGCCGCCCGAACAGUUAUUACAAGCUUUUAAAGCCGCUGCUCUCUCGGUCACGAACUUGUAUAAGAGUGCUGUCACAGACCAGGCCCAGGCGAAGCAACUUGAUCGAAAGCACCUUGGGUUAGGAGAUGGCGAAGGGUGGCAGGUCCGCCAAUGGGCCACGGAACGACUCGAUGGAGUCCCAUCCAACAGUGAAAGUGAGGAUGACGAUAAACCAGCGAGAAGUUCAUCACCGGUAGUCUAUCGGAAGGAGCAUCAUGACAACGAUCAGUUACGACAUAAUCCUGAGCCUACGCAACCUCGAACAGAAGAUGCCACCACUGACGAGCAACGGCCCCAACAGACCGAGCCUGUGCAGCCAACUGACUCCGCCGAUACUACAUUCACUAAACCUCCUGUCUUCACAUUCUCUGCCGGACCUACUUUUCCUGUCUUCUCACAAGACGUCGAUAUGCAAUCAUCAGACACCUCGUCCAUGACCUCCACUUCACAAGAUGAGCCUACUGGAGUUGGAAUAUCUAUGUUACCACGGAAUACCCGAACCGCCGGUCGUCUCAACGUCUCUGCUCGACGAUCACCAACUCAUGGGACAAGUGUGGGGAACAAGCGCAAGCUUCAAUUCCCUGAUUUCUUCGACUUAUCGGGCCUAAAUGGGCGCGAAUUUUUUGGCGGCGGCAAACGCGGGCGAUUUACAUGA